AGCUUCCCAUCAGACAAGCGCAGCAAGGUGUACGAGUUCCAAGACGUCCUCUCCAUCGUCGAGAACCCGUCCUCAUCCACCAUCCUCAUCGACGUCCGCGAGCCUGCCGAGUUCGCGGCGAACAGCAUCCCCACCUCGCUCAACGUGCCCAUCACCUCGCAGCCGGACGCUUUGCUCCUCUCCGAAGAGGACUUCGAGGACCGCUUCGGCUUCCAGAAGCCGCCCAAAGAGAAGAAUGUGGUGUUCUUCUGCAAGGCGGGCGUGAGGAGUAGUGCGGCGGCGCAGCUGGCCAAGUUGGCUGGGUAUACGAAGGUUGGGGAGUAUCGGGGGAGUUGGUUGGAUUGGGAGAGGAAUGGGGGGCCGGGGACGAGG